AUGGCCACCCUAUCAACAAGCCCCAUCUCCCUCCUCCUGUCCUCAUGGACCAAACCAAACGAGACUGUCGAUGUCGAAAUCUACGGUUUGCCGGAGAUCACCAAAUGGACGAAGGCCCAAGUCAAGACCCAAUUCGCCUCCAAAGACCUCUCUCCAAUGAGCUGUCCCCAUCUUCCCGCCGUUCGUGUUCCAGAGGCUAUAGUCGAAAUCAACAAUUCGCGUGACAAUGCCCCGGCUAUGCAGUACUACAUGAGCAAGAACAGGUUCUGGCUCGCCCAUCGUAUGCUACUACAAGCGCAGUUCCAAUCUGCGGUAAGGUUCACGACGGAUGAGUGCUAUUAUUUGCUGGAGGAGGGGGAGGCGGUUGUGGAGGUUAACGGACGGCCGUUGACAGGGGCGGAGAAGGGGAUGUUGGAUGUUGAUCCGGGAAAGUCAGCUGCAGCCGACGGAGAUGAAGAUGCAUAUCGGGGUCCCGAUGAGGAUUCCGCCGUAUACGGUGCAUUGCUUCAAGGUGAGGGCGGAUUCGCUGGUUACGGCUGGGUGUAUUGUGCCGAGGGGAAGGGAGGAGUUGGAUGA